AUUGAUCGAUUCAUCCCGCAGGAAAGUGUGCUUUUUUGCUGUGUUUCUUCCGCCAAGACUUGUGCUACCUGUUCGUGAUAUCAACGCGAGGAAAACUCGAAAGUUACAGAAAAUGGCACCGAACAAUACCCAACGCAAAGAAGCCCUCGAUGUCGAAGAAUUGGAUAUUCUCCCGGACGAAGUGGAUCCAGGGAAGGCCUCUACAGCCGAAGAAAAAGUGGAUGAUUUCAAGCCCGAGCUGGUUUGGCUCAACGUCUAUUGGUACACCAGCCUGCACCUAAUGGCACUGUAUGGCAUUUAUCUGGGCACAUUCUAUGCUAAAUGGCCCACUAUCGCACUCGCUGUUCUCUGGCACGUUUUCGGCGCCCUUGGAGUGACAGCUGGAGUUCACCGACUGUGGUCGCACCGCAGCUACAAGGCGCGUCUUCCCUUGCGGACUUUCCUUGCUAUGGCUUUCACCAUUGCUUUCCAGAAUAGUAUCUAUAUUUGGGUUCGCGACCACCGAGUACAUCACAAGUUCAGCGAAACCAACGCUGAUCCGCACAAUGUCAAGCGCGGGUUCUUUUUUGCCCACGUGGGUUGGCUUUUGCACAAGAAGCAUCCUGAUGUUCUCAACAAAGGCAAAACUGUUUCCAUGGAUGACGUUUUGGCUGAUCCUGUAGUUUACUACCAGCACAAGUAA